AUGGCCGACAAAAGGAAAGUUAUUGCGCCUAACAAGCUAACGUAUGAUGCGUUAGUCGUACAAUCAACAGCAGUGCCAAGUUCACCAUUCGUGUAUCGCGAAAACCCCGUUGUUGUACAACCGGAAGUAGCGUCAGGAUCGGUGAAAGCAGCAGAUCAGCUGACACGAACGGCAAAUUAUUGUCCAAGUCACAUGUCUGAGAUGUCAGCGAAUGGCAGAUUCCGUAAGUUAGAAAACGGAUAUAAAUCCAAGCUGCUGAAUUUGGAAUCCAAAUACACUGGUUUGCUGCAAAGCCUGGAAGAUUCCAUUGCUGACCUCAAACUAAGUCUAUCACGAGCCGAUGUUGACGACGUCAAAAUAAUCGAAUACGAGAUUGCUCGUAAGAAGUUGGAACUUUCACGUGUACGUAAAGAAUACGAACGUGAAUGCGAACUCGCUAGAAAGAUGUAUGAACUCCAGAGAGAAGAUAUUCAAAUCGAUGUGGACGAAGAGCAAGAAUCCCAGAAUGCGGUAUCUGUUCAUGGGGCCGGUGAAAAUAUUGUUGAGGACUUGCAAAAGGAGGAAGACAAUUACGUUACUGAAUGGGUGCAAAAUGUUAAACAAACCUGUGGUAAAAGUCAAACGUUCAAUGUGCGUCCUCAAAUACCAGAGUACCAGAGUACACCUACCUCAAAUCCACUCGGAGAAAUUUUAAAUAAAGCCAAUGGUGGAGUACGGCAACAAAGGGCGAGAUUUACCAACGAAUUCAGUUCUAACGGUAAUUCUAUUAACGACCUAACAGCAGCACUGAAAGACGUGUUGAUGGAAGUGAAAGGAGAACGUGAAUGGAAGCCCAAGGAGUUACCUUACUUCGAUGGAGCCGCAGUUGGCUGGCCAAUUUUCAUUGGUGAGUUUGAACGGACAACUCCAAACGGCAAGGUUAAUACUUCACAAAAUGCCAUACGAUUACGUAAGGCUCUCCGUGGAUCAGCUCGCGAAUCUGUUGCAGCCUUACUCAACGACCCCAACAAUGUGACCAAGAUUCUUGUACAACUUGAACGGGAAUUUGGAAGAUCAGAAUUGGUAAUCAAAUCAUUAAUUCGAGCGGCUGAAGACUGUAAGUCUCCCGAUAGCAGGCCCGAAACGAUGAUUAAAUUCGCUACCACAGUGCUACAUUUCGUGGAAACCGUCAAGAGCCUAAGGGAAGAAGGUUACCUGCAAGAUCGCAUUUUACUUGAAAAGCUGAUUGGAAAACUACCAUUUUCCUAUGCAAAGGAGUGGGCGAAAUACCUGAUGUACAGUAAUCAACCCAAGAACCUGCAGACAUUUGGAAACUGGUUGGAAAUGCAGAAAGGGCUACUGGUUGGAAUAUGCGAUCCAGUAUUGCAGAGCUUACACCAGAAAGAAAAGGUCAAAAGGGGGCCGACUGUCGCCGAAAAGAAAUCAUCUGCUACACCCGUCGAAGUUAAAAUUAACGAGUUGGACAACUCCAAAGACUGUGUGUAUUGUGGAAAGUCGAAUCAUACAAUUGUUAAAUGCUUCAAGUUUAAAAAUGAGCAUUUAAACGAUCGUGUAAGGUUUGUGCGACAAAAGAACCUCUGCUUUCGUUGUCUGGACGGUGAUCACAAUAAGAAAAACUGUUCUUCAAGACACGUUUGUGACUACGAUGGAAAGUGCAAAGGUCAGCACCACCAACUUCUUCAUGGAGCAGAUACGCAAAGUAGGAGAAAGGAAAGGUGUAAACCAGCGGAGGUUGUAGAUGAGGCAGAAGCAAGUAACUCCAGUGCAGUGAAAUCAGAUGUGUCAAAGCCAUUGUCAAUAGUACGUGUGAAAGUUACCGGUCCGAAAGGAACUAAACGAGUAUAUGCCUUACUUGACAGCGGAUCCGACACUACAAUGAUUGAGAGCAGCCUUGCCAAUUCCCUGGGAAUCACUGGUAAAGUCGUCAGUCAUGAAUGCAGAGGAAUUUUUGGAAAAAUAACGAAGGAGAAAACUGAAAAAGUCUCUUUUGAAAUCUGUGGAAACUUUAAAGCAGCCCGCAAAUACAAACUCACAGAUGUUCUUUGUGUAACGAAAAUUGGCUUGAGCUUGCACACACAAGAUGCAGCGAAAGUCAAAGAGGAGUUCCCUUUCCUACAACGAGCCAAGCUGGAAAGUUUUAAAGGUGUGAGCCCACAGAUCCUAAUUGGAGAAGAUAAUCCAAGUGUUACAGCGCAUCGGGAGAUACUUGAAGAAAGUAUGGACAAGCCGUUGGCGAAACGAACAUUAUUGGGAUGGGUACUCGCAGGAAAAACUGACAUGAAUAGAAAUGUAAGGUCGUCUGUAAACCUGAUGCAGCUUAGUGAAAAUGAGAAAUUGGAUGAUUUAAUCAAACUGAGUUUUUCCCUAGACUCAUUCGGGGUAUAUAAUGAUACAGUGGCCGGCUCUGUGGAAGAUCGUCGCGCGGUGAAAAUGCUAGAGGAUACCGUGAAGAAAGUUGACGGAAAGUGGGAGUGCGGACUGCUCUGGAAAAGUGACAGUGUCAUUUUGCCUGAAUCCCGACACGAAGCUUUUUCACGCCUGCUUGCUAAUGAACGCCGCAUGAAACGUGACCCGGAGUUUUGCAAGAUGUAUCACGCUAAGCUGCAGGAAUACGUCGACAAAAAGUACAUAACUGAACUGACAACAGACGAAGCAGACAAAGUUACGGAAAAGACUUAUUUCAUUCCGCAUUUUGGAGUUUUCAAUGUCAACAAGCCCGGUAAAUUAAGACUCGUUUUUGACGCAGCCGCCAAGAAUCACGGUAAUAGUCUGAACGAUUUUCUUCUUGACGGGCCAAACCUGAUACGACCGUUGCCAUCAGUACUUAUGAAUUUUCGUCGGCAUAAUUACGUAAUCAAUGGAGAUAUCGAGGACAUGUUCCAUCGAGUGAGUAUGCGAAAAGAGGACCGAGAUGCGCAGCGAUUUCUUUGGCGUGACACGAUGCAGAACAAUGCAGCUGUAACUACGUACAAGAUGAAUGUACUUAUUUUUGGAGCCUGUUCAUCCCCUUGUUCCGCAAUUUACGUCAAAAAUAGAAACGCAGUUGACUUCGUACAGCAGUAUCCGGAAGCAGUAAGAACAAUACACGAAGAUAUGUACUGCGAUGAUCUUCUUGGGGGACAACAAACAAUUAAGGACUGCACAGAGUUGCGACUACAACUGUCCGAAAUCAACGCUGCUGGCAACUUCCGUUUGUGCAAAUGGCUCUCAAACAAUGAGCAAAUCAUGGAGUCAAUUCCAGAAUGCGAUCGGGCUGCCAGUGUGAAAAUGUUCACGGAGAAAUCUACAAUGCCAAUUCAGAGGAUCCUAGGGCUUUGGUGGGACGCAGAGAAGGAUGUGUUUACUUUCUCCGGUAAUUUUAAGAAAGUAGCACCAGAAAUUCUAGCCGGUGAACGACCCACAAAGCGGCAGAUGUGUAGUUUGCUUAUGUCGGUUUUUGACCCACUCGGUUUUGUAGCAAACUUCAAAAUACGUGGACUAAUACUGCUGCAACGGACGUGGAAAUCUGGCAUCGAUUGGGACGAGCAUCUGCCGGACGGAAUUUACGAUGACUGGAAAUCCUGGGUAGACAAUUUACAAGCGGUGGUAAAAGUAACAGUCCCACGUUUGUACGUUUACAACAUUCAUCAAGCUACAGAUGUACAGCUCCAUACUUUAGUUGACGCUAGUGAAGACGCAUGCUCAGCGAUCUGUUUCUUACGCGUUGUGAUAGGUGAAAGGAUCAGCGUGGCUUUCGUUAUUGCUAAAACGAAAGUGGCACCGCUGAAAAAGCUCACUAUCCCGAGGUUAGAGUUGACUGCAGCCGUCAUGGGAGCUACACUGGCAGACGUAAUUGGAGAAGAAUUGCGAGUUAAGAUAAACAAGAAAACGUUCUGGAGCGACUCAAAGACUGUGUUGUUGUGGAUCCGGAACGAGAGCCUACGCUACAAGGAAUUCGUAGCAAAUCGCGUCAACCGGAUUCACAUGCUCACCAACGUGAAAGAUUGGAAUUGGAUUCCCACCGCACUUAACGUUGCCGACGAGGGAACCAGAAUGAAGAAAGAAAUUGAACUUUCUUCCGACUCUGACUGGCUGACAGGACCGCUAUUUUUACAACGACCAGAGGAGUACUGGCCAAAGGAAAGAACUGGAAGCUUAGAGGUCGACGAAGAAAGUAUAGAAAUAAAGAAAAGUUACACGUAUGCUGCUGCUUCGUCCUGGGAGUCAACAUCAUGUGUGGAUGUUACUCGGUUUUCCUCUUACAACCGAUUGAUUCGCGCGCAAUGUGGAAUCCUAAAUGCCGCCAAACACUGGAAAUUGAAGGCUAAGAAACAAACAAUAAAAAAAUCUCCGUGGCAGCUGAAAGAAAAUGCUAAGGUACCAGUUGUUAAGAAGACAGAAACAGUUUGUGAGUACAUUCACCGAAUAAAAGUAUUUCUCCAAAGGAAUCUCAGCACAAACGUGAGAAGAGACAUUUGGGAUCAAGCAGAAAAUUUGUUAGCUGGCGUUUCCCAACAUGAAAGUUUUCCGGACGAGAUAACUGAGCUAGAGAAAGGAACAUUAAAACGAUCAAGUAAACUAUGGCCGUUGUCUCCGGUAAUUGAGAAUGGACUUGUGAAACUUAACGGUAGAAUUGGACAUGCCGAUGUCGAAAGUACUGUGAAGAAGCCCAUAAUACUUUCACCGAGUCAUCGCUUCACAGAGCUACUCAUCCAAGACGAGCACGAGCAGAAUGCGCAUCAAGGCCUCACGACUGUUCUGAACAACUUGAGACGGAAAUUCUGGAUUAUCCAUGGAACAAGUGCAGUUCGUCGCGUGAUAACCAAAUGCAUGAAAUGCAAAUUCGCCAAGGUAAAACCGCUGCAGCCGAAGAUGGGCGAUUUGCCGUACUAUCGACUAGCUGCCGGCAAUCCUCCGUUUACUUACACGGGAACGGAUCUCUUCGGACCGUUGGAAGUUGUCGUCGGACGUCACAGAGAAAAGAGAUGGGUUAUGGUGCUGACUUGUAUGGUCACGAGGGCUAUACAUCUAGAAGUGGUGUAUGCUUUGUCAACCGACGAAACAAUCAUGGCGUUGUCGCGGUUCAUUGACCAGCGUGGAAGACCGAAAUAUAUAUUUAGUGACUGUGGCACUAACUUCACCGGUGCUGCUAAGGUGCUACGGGAGAGCUGGAGCAGUUUGGACUGGAAAACAAUCGUAGACAACCCGAAGUUUCGAGAAAUGAAGUGGAGCUUUUCUCCGCCGUAUUCACCACACUUCGGAGGUGCAUGGGAGAUCAUGGUGCAGCAGACCAAGCGAAUUUUGAAGGCUACGCUGAACGACAAGCAUCCCAAGGAUCAGAUAUUGCUGACGGUUUUGAAGGGAGCGGAGAACAUAAUCAAUUCUCGCCCAUUAACUCCGAUGUCCAAUGACCCGGCCGACCCGGAUUGCUUAACCGCUAAUCACUUUCUACGUGGAUUUGCAGACGUUGGAAUGUCGAUACCGACGUGUAGCAAGGAGAUUGACGAAUGGUACAGAGAGUCCUGGAAGAAGGCACAGUUUAUGUUGGAGACAUUCUGGCGAAAGUGGAAAGCUGAAGCGUUGCCGAAACUACUCAGGAGGGAAAAGUGGUUGGCAGAUGCGGAGCCCAUUAAAAUUGGAGAAGUCGUGUUGCUCCUUGACGAACACGCUCCACGAAACACUUGGAAGAAAGGAAUUGUGACCAAACUUUAUCCAGGCAAGGAUGGUGUUAUCCGGAUCGUGGAAAUUACUUACAGCGAUGGACGAAACCGUAAGUCAUUCAAGCGCGGAGUUGAUAAAGUCGUUCCUCUCGGAUUUCAAGCAGAAAAUCAGGAAGACUGUCCUGAUUUUGGGGGCCGGAAUGUCUGCGAGGACGACGAGUAA